AUGAACGGAAGAUACCGAAAUGGCGUAAGAGUCGGUAUCAUCGACGGCACUACCAUAGCCCAAUCGAUCCGCGAUGAUGUCGCGCAGAAAAUUAAGGUGUUCCGAGCCCAGUACCCUCAGUUUCAGCCUCAGCUUGUAGUCGUGCAAGCUGGAGAGUGUCCCGAUUCCACCACUUACAUCCGUAUGAAAGCUAAAGCUGCAGAGGAAGUCGGCAUCAAGUUCAAUCACGUCACAUUCCCAGAAACGGCUAUGGCAGAAGAGAUCAUCCAGGUCGUUAAGAAGCUUUCAGAUGACGAUGCUGUUGGCGGUGUUCAUGUUCAGCUCCCUCUUGGGCCCAAUGUCAAUGCGGACGAUACACGCGCUGUCACUGAGGCGGUUUCUCCCGAGAAAGAUGUCGAUGGCUUCCAUGCGUACAACAUCGGUCACUUGUCUUUGCGUGCUGCUUCCCCGUUGUUCGUUCCAUGUACUCCAGCAGCUGUUAUUCGUUUGCUGGAGAACACUGGCGUAUCCAUCGCUGGUGCAAACACAGUCGUGCUCGGUCGCAGCGACAUCGUCGGAAACCCCGUGGCUGCACUCCUGAGAAGUCGCAAUGCAACUGUCACCCAAUGCCACAGUCGCACCAAGAACGUUGAACAGAUCAUUGCCAACUGGCAAAUCACCGUCGCAAAUUCAAGCUUAGGCAACAAAUGA